AUGUCCUACUCUGGUCCCAUUCAACAACACCAAUGUUCUGAGUUGAAAGAAGCACAUAAUGGCUCCAGCCUCCUGGCUACAUUGACAGAUCCUUGCAGUAAAUUUGGAAGCUGUAGUCCAGUUCAAGAUUCACCCUCUCCUGAAAAAGCUGAGAACGGUUUGGGGAAGAAACCUUGCCUUCUAGGAGUGGAGCUCUUUGCUCCAAAAAUCUGGAGCACCGGCAGCAUGGGAGAUUCCUACACGGCCACUUUCCCCAACGGGAAUGGACUGAUGUCUCCAUCGGCAAGCCCACAAGCUUCCACCGCUUACAGCAAUGAUUACAGCCCCUUCUCCCAUUCCUUCCCAGCCUCGCCCACAUCUCAAGAUCCAUCCUCCCUGCUGGUGUCCAAGGGACACCCUUCCCCUGACUGUCUCCCCAGUGUCUACACCUCCUUGGACAUGGCACACCCUUAUGGCUCCUGGUACAAAGCCGGCAUCCACCCGGGCAUCUCCACCACCUCCAGCAACCCCACUGCUUCCUGGUGGGACAUGCACUCCAACAGCAACUGGCUCAGCUCUCAGACCCAGUCAGAUGGACUUCAGAGUUCCUUGCAAUCCAUGCCCAGCCAGGCCCCGAUCAGCCCCCAGCUGCCCAGCUACACAUCUGAAUUCACCACUUUGAACCCUGCUCCGUACCCGGCGGUGGGCAUCACGUCCUCCUCACACCUCCUCCCUUCAGGCCAACAUGUGCUGCCCCAAGAGAUGUACAAGCCCAAGCCGGUGGCAAACAACGCCCUGAUGGAUGGCGGGAUUGGACUGAAGUCUGGAAGAGGCGGCUCCUUUGGGAGCACGGCAGGCAGGUCAACCUGCGACUGCCCCAAUUGCCAGGAGCUGGAGCGGCUGGGGGCCUCGGCGGCCAGCCUGCGGAAGAAGCCCAUCCACAGCUGCCAUAUUCCGGGCUGCGGGAAGGUCUACGGGAAGGCCUCGCACCUCAAGGCCCACCUGCGGUGGCACACCGGGGAGCGCCCCUUUGUCUGCAACUGGCUCUUCUGUGGGAAGCGCUUCACCCGCUCAGAUGAGCUGGAGCGCCACGUUCGCACCCACACCCGGGAGAAGAAGUUCACCUGUUUGCUUUGCAAUAAGCGCUUCACCCGCAGCGACCACCUGAGCAAGCACCAGAAGACCCACAACGAGAUGGGGGUGGGAAAGCCCCCCGAGGGUGAAGCCGAACGGGAAGAGGCUGCCGCGGUGGCCAGCUCUCCCAGCACCGCCCUGCAGGACGCCCUCCCUGGAGACGAGAAAGACGCCACCAGCCCGGAGCAGAGCAAUCUGCUGGAAAUCUAGGCUGGGAGUUGAGUGCUCCCCCUUCAUCCCUUCAUACUGCCAUCCGCCACCCUUUCCGAAUGCCUCUCAGCUAAAUAAUUUAUUUCCUGGGGAAAUAAAAGCACACAUCCAGUGGCUGUUGGCCUUUCCUCCAGGCACAAUCCUACCUUGUGUCUAGCCACUCCCCUCCCCUUCAACCUCUGAAGCAAACUUAGCUGAGACCCCAGAAGUUCCAUGACCUUGUGGCCAAAGACACACGUUGGAGAGCC